CUAAUCACUGUUGGGCUUGAGGCCAAAAUACAAUAAAACAUAUAUCCUACCUUCUUGCGAUAAUUGGCAACAAUAGGAAACAUUCUCUUGAAAGAAGUGGCGCAGCGUCAGUCAUGAUUUGGCCUCCAGAGCGACAGCAUUACGACCAGACGCCGAACGCUUUCUUUGUGGCGGAGGGACUGAAAAUGGGACUGCCCUCACCUCCGCGCUGCGUCCUAAUCGCCGCGUUGCUGACGUCCUUCGGCUGGUGGCUGGUCCCAGUGGCAGGCGCCGAGGCAAGCUGUGGCCAGCUCAGGGCGGCCGUGGGACUGAAGGCUUCACUGGAUAACGAGAUCCUGACGGCGAGGCAACUGGCGGAGGACUAUCUCUCCGAGUGCCAGCUGGUGAUGAUCUCCACGUCGCAGCGGUCUUCCCUCUUCGAGCAGGUCGUGAGGACCACAGCAAGGAGGCAGAACGGAGUGGGUGUUGUGAGUCUGGAGAUCGGACCGCGCCAGGACCUCCCGCGCGAGAUCCUGCCCUCGGUGUGGAGGGAUGCGGGAGCCAACUGCCGUGUUUUGUUUCUCGAGGAUGGCGGCGAUACCAGUUCGAUCUUGGAGUUUCUCGAGGCGUCGGAACUGAGUCGCCAUCCUGAUGUGAGCGUCGUGUUCGUGGGAACGGCGGCGGGGAUGGUCCUUUACCACCGCGUCUUUCGCAACACGGUCCACGCGCUGUACCUCUCGCUCUCCAACGUCACCCUUCAGGAUGCGCGCCCUUUGCCGAGGGAGGAUGACCUUGGGGGCGGUUGUGGUUCGGCAGACUCGUACUACAAAUAUCCAUAA